AUGGCAUUACCAAAGUCAGUCUGUAUUCCAGUGCUGUCCUUGAAGUACGUGCUCCCGGAAGGGGCAUGUGAAGCGGCAUGGGAUAAGGCUCUUGAAUACAUCAAGCGCCAUCUCAAGGAUAAUCCUGAGAAGCACUCUCUGCAUUUACAAUCUGAAAAAUUUGCAGACGAAGCGAAAAAUAUCUUUGCCGAACCUGAUGUGCCUUGGGAGAUCACAAGGCUGGCCCUGAGCGACGAAGACCGACUUAUGCUAUGCAAAAGUGUGUGGAAGGCUGUUCUGGACGCACAGAAACAAGCCCGCAAGAGAGCCAGAACAGAGGAAGAGCACGGUCUUCCAAACCCAUAUCGUGGUGUCAGAAUCAAAAAACUGAAACGCAUACACUGUCAGUUGGAGGGUAUGCCUGAGACUCGCACCGGUAUACUCCUGGAAAGCAUCAUACAGGAACGUCCCCAAGGCGGAAUCCGUUCCCGCGAUCUAUCAUACUCGCUAUUCAGCAGUCUAGUGGCCAAUCGAUAUGGUCCUCCAACAGCCAGUGCUGACCCCGUCCGAAUAUACUACAAGUCUCCCGAAAAUGAAUCGAUCAAGGUUUAUAUCCGCGACGACCACUCCCUUCACUCAGCUAUUGAAGAUCUAGUAGCUUACGGAAAAGAUACUCUUCUAUUCGAGGUCCAAACUGGCAGCUGGAUGCUCACUGACCGUGGCAUUGAGUCGUGUACAGGCCAUGCAAAUGUUAGGAGGCCAAAUAACGCUAUGAUUGACGACCGUAAUGUCUUCACUGCGCGUUUCGACAGCUUGAACAUAAAUGAGGACGAGGACUACAGCAGCGAAAAUAGUGAUAACGAAGAUGAUUCAACUGACCAGAUUGAUGCUGAAUUUUCCGAUGACGACUACUCCAGUGAACUUGACGCUGGUAUCGAAAGCGAACAUGACACUAACGUAGAAAAUGGGCCAGACACUUAUUUCUACAACGAGCCCGAAACCUAUUUCGAUAACGAGCAUGAAACUGACUUCGACUGUGAGGCCGACACUUCUUCCAGCAAUGAGCAUGGCACUUAUUUCUAUAACGAGCCUGAACCUUAUUUUCAUUACGACGCUGAAGCCUAUUUUGAUAACGAGCCUGAAACGUAUAACGAAUCUGAGGCUUAUUUCGAGAAUGAAGCCGAUACUUACUACGACGAUGGCCCAGAUGCUUAUUACGAAAGUGAAUAUCAAUAUUGA